AUGAAUCAAAACGAUCUAUAUCAAAUUGAAGGAUUAAACUUUACCAAAGGCAGAAAGACUGAAAUUUACAUUACACAAGAGCCAUUAGGAUUCAAGCUAUUAGACCCUUUGAAUCUAAGUUUCAAACUAUUGGUUUAUUGGAGCGAUGAGACUGUAUUAUUGGAUUGGAAUGAUUACAUUGAAGGAAUUUGCUCUAAUGGACUAUACUUUAGACUCAUUUAUUAAGGGGAAGAAUACAAAAUUCAUGGUUCUACGGAAUAACUGGACGAGUUAUAUUAUUUUUGUUCUGGAAAGUUCAUUUUUUAAAAAAGUAAUAUCUUUAUAAAGAAUUCGGUCAUUUAGACCAAUUCACAAUAUGAACUGAAUUUAAUAACGAAUGUCAAAGAAAAUAAACAGUACAUUGAGAAAAGAAUUUUUUCCAGCUUAACUUCUUAAAGGUUGGAGAUGUCGAACUCAUUUAACACUCAACUGGGUCAAGACAACAUACCAGAGGAAGUGAGGAUCAUCUAAUUAUUGAAUGCUUAGAAUUGUCCUUACAUAAUGAAAAUUUAAUCGAUCACAUAUGAUGGUGAUUACUAUUCUUUAAUCUACACAAACAAAAACUUAAUAUCUUUAAAGUAGAUUUUAAAAAUGUAAAAAAUGGGCUUGCCUCUCUCUUUCGUAAUUGAGAUUUUGGAACAAUUGCUAAUUGUGUUAAAUAUUUUUCAAGAGCUUCAAAUUAUUCAUAAUGGAAUUAAUUUGGAUAUGAUUAAUUACUCUCUGGAAUCCAACUCUAUUGUAGUUUGUAAUUUCUCAUCCUCCACUUUUGAAUGCAAUAAAGGAACACCUAUAAAGGGAAAUACUAUAGGAUUUAUUCCUCCCGAGUAUUUAAAUAAAUACCUGAUCUCGCCAUAAGCCAAUAUUUUCCAGCUUGGCACUCUUUUAUACCAUCUGUUAUUCAAUCAAAAUCCUUUUGGAAAUGACCCAUAAACAUAACUUCAAAACAACAUUUCAGGAAAAUAUAAUAUCCUAAAUACAAAUGUUGAUAAGGAUAUCAUCGAUUUACUCAAAUCUAUGAUGCAAAUAAAUCCUUAAAAGAGAAAAACCCCUAAGGAAUAUUUGUGCUCAAAGAUUUUUAAACCUUAAUAUCGAUCGAAGAUUUCUAAAAACUCAUUCUUAUCAUUUCUUCAAGAGAAUCGUCUUUCGAAAAACUUUGAAUUUGAAGUUGAGAAUGAAAAUCCCACCAUACAAAACAUUAAAUCUCUUUCUAUAAAUAAAAAAAAGAAUUGA